AUGGCGUAAAUAGUUGUACACUUAACCCAUGGUAAAUCGGCCCAAUCCAUAAGGAAGAGGGUAUUAGCGUCUUUUCCAAAGCUAGGGUUGUUUAGUUUAUGAUUCAUAAUUUCUCAACUUUGAAGUCUGAGCGUGCCGACUGUGAUUACUCGGGAGGAAAUCGCAGCGUAACCAACAAUGCCUAAGCAAAUCAAUGAGAUUAAAGACUUCCUCCUCACAGCCCGGAGGAAGGAUGCGCGCUCUGUGAAAAUUAAGAGAAGCAAAGAUGUUGUCAAAUUCAAGGUUCGAUGCUCCAAGUAUCUUUACACCCUUUGCGUGUUUGAUACUGAGAAAGCUGAUAAGUUGAAGCAGUCACUUCCUCCAGGUUUGAAUGUACAAGACCUGUAAUUCUAUCCAGCUUAACGUGUUCCGAAGAUCAAGUUUUGCUAUGGAAUAGUGCUUUCAUAUAUUCUUGUCCUUUUGUUUUGUUGUUGAUUACUUGCUUAUGAUUCUUAUUAUGAAUGUUCCAACUCUGUUUUAUUGUCUUAAUGCAGUUUUCCAAUCAUUUAUUCAA